AUGGCGGCCGACAAAGACGUGCUCAUGAAUAAAAUAUUUGAAGAAGCUUUCGAUUUAUUUAAAUAUGUGUUCAAAGUGGAAAAGCUUUACGUUGAUCAGACGAAAUUGAUAAAAGCAUUCUGUAAUGGGUCGAAUGUAUUUUUCAACGCACCAACGGGUUAUGGAAAGUCUAUAGUAUUUCAAUCUCUUCCGUGGGUGACUGAUGUGCUUUACGAACAAACCAUAGGAUUUUCAACUUUAAUUGUUAUCUCACCAUUGCAAUCAUUAAUGGAGGACCAAUGUAAUCGUAUGAAGGAUAUUGGUAUUUCUUCAAUAGCUCUGUAUUCUGACAAUGCGGGUGACGAGUCUAUACUUAAGGACGUUAGAGAAGGCAUGUAUUCUUUGGUGUACGCAUCACUAGAAUGUCUGCUUGGAAAAAAAUAUGGAGAA